AUGAGAUUUGGGAAGAAGGAGAUGUUGGAACCCCGAUAUAUAGGCCCUUUUGAGAUCACGGACAGGGAGGGAGCAGUUGCUUACCAGCUGGAAUUACCACCAAACCUUUCUUAUGUUCACCCAGUAUUCCACAUUUCAAUACUUAGGGAGUAUGCUUCCGAUUCUUCUCAUGUGCUGCAACCAGACAUAGUAGAGUUAAAUGAGAAUUUGACCUUUGUGGAGCAACUAGUAGCCAUAGUAGACUAUCAAAUAAGACAGCUUCGAUCAAGGCAGAUCCCUACUGUUAAAGUCCUGUGGAGGAGUCAAUCUGUGGAGGAAUUUACUUGGGAGUCAAAGCAGAAUAUGCGCAACAAGUAUCCAUAUUUAUUUGAUAUAUGA